UCGUACUUCAGGUUGGCUACUCCAAAACCGCCCUUCCUCGAUGGAGACUACCGACCUAAAUCGAGGAGGUAUGCAGGGAUACCAAGCUCAGGCAUAACACAUAAGAACUUGGGGAUCGCCACUGGGAGACUACACCGCAAAAUCUUCCGAGGAUGUUCUCCAACAUCGCACAACUCGUCCUCGGACUAAUAUCCGCUUCUUCCUUUGUAUUUGCGGCACCAACGACCCUCGGCCGUCGUGCUGUCAUCGCCCACGAUGCUGUCGUCGGAUUCCCACAAACUGUCCCUGCCGGAAUUGCAGGAACCCUAUAUCUAAAAUACAAACCAUACCUCGACGUCUUCAAUGGUUGCGUUCCCUUCCCUGCCGUCGAUGCCGCUGGAAACACAGGCGGUGGCCUCGCACCCACUGGCUCCUCCAACGGCGGCUGCUCCAGCAGCACUGGCCAGGUGUAUUCCCGCGCCGCGAGCUAUAAUGGCGCCUACGCGAUCAUGUACUCCUGGUACAUGCCCAAAGACUCGCCUUCUGACGGCCUGGGCCACCGUCACGACUGGGAAAACAUUGUCGUAUGGCUGACCUCGCAAUCUACAACCGCUACUGUACGUGGCGUCGCGAUAUCCGCGCACGGCGAAUACCAGAAAGUCACUGGGCAUUUUAGUGGGGCGAGGCCGUUGAUCGGGUAUAUUAGCUAUUGGCCGCUCGAUCAUCAGUUAAUUGAUACGGGGGAGAAGGGAGGUGAGCAGCCGCUGGUGGCGUGGGAGAGUUUGACGAGUGAGGCAAGGGCGGCGAUUGAGGGGACAGAUUUUGGGAGUGCCACGCCGAGUUUUAGGGACAGUAAUUUUCAAAGCUACCUCGCUGAUGCGUUCAUUUAG